GCCUGCUAGGGGUUGUUUCAGUGCUUCCACCGCUUGCGAAUCGGACGCACCACUGAAACGAGAGAGUCGCGUGAAAGUUUCUUUUUACUUCUUUGAGAUCUGAAACAUGAGCAAUCUCGAACGAUGAAGCUGUACGUUAAGAAAAAAAUUCCGCUGACAUGGAGCAUGAACCCGUCACAUCCUUGGGGUACGUUCAGGAAUGUUCGUUCCUCCGAAAGUCCCAGCAGUGAUUCCACAGAACCCGCAGGAGAGACGUUCGUACAAUCGGUGGUCUCGGAACAGAAACAAGAAAUCCCUUACGAAAUAAUCUACUCUUCAAUUGUUGUCGGAUCCUGCAUUCUCAUAUUCCUCCUCAUAGCGACCCUCCUGUUCAUAAAAAGAAGACGUAGCAAGAACGAUGAAAAAUCCGGAUCAAUUCUAGUUUACCCAUCGAGCCAAGGAAAUACUGCGCAUUUUCUAACGAAAGAAAUUCAUUUUAGUCUUCCUCCCUUGAGGAGUUCCUCCAUGGGAAACCUGAACGAGCCUUGUGUUGAGGAGUCAGAUGUGGAUACUGAGUGUUUGCUUCUACCUACAACGCAUAAUCAACGAUCCAAUUCUUUCAGCUGUUAUGGUUUAGGAAUCAUAGAACCGGCUCUCUACAAGAGCACACUGGAUUUGGACGAAAUUCAGUGGCCAGAAGGACAUAUAGGACGUUUAUGGUUUUCUCUACGCUACGAACCGUCGACAGAAAAACUGCUUGUUUCACUCCUGAAGGCAAAAAACCUUCCUUCACGAACUGUGGGUACUGUUAACAGCUGUGAUCCUUUUGUUAGACUCCACCUACUACCCGACGAAAGAAGAUAUCUUCAGUCUAAGCAGAAGAAGAAAACAUGCAAUCCUUAUUUUGAUGAAACUCUUGUGUUUCAGGUAUCAUGCAAGGAAAUGUCAGAACGUAUACUGAAACUGACAGUCAUCGAUGGAGGUAGAACGAAGAAGAGAUGUGAAAUUGGACACGUGACAUAUGUUUUAGGAGAGUUGGAUUUUGGAGAUGGUUCAGAGCAACAGCUGUUCAAAAUGGAUUUAGAAAAGGAACCACAUGAAAUGAGAUCCGACCUAGGUGAGCUGCUUAUAUCAUUACUAUACAACGAGAACCUCAAUCGAUUAUCAGCAACAGUAAUAGAGGCACGCAGAUUGAAGUUUCAGGGUGAUAAACACGAAGCCUACGUCAGGAUUACCCUGAACCAGAACUACCGGGGUGUGAAAGAGAAAAGGACAAGGAUCGCCAGACCAUCCAGGGACGGAGAGGUCACUUUUGCUGAGGGGUUCAAUUUCAAAUUAGCUCCGACUCAGGUGGACAUCAGCAGUUUGGCUUUUCACGUUUUUCAAGCUACUUCUGGUUAUGGUAGGGAUAAAUUGAUUGGAAAAUGUGUCUUGGGAUCAUACAUGUUCGCAAGGGGUAAAGCUCUUGACCAAUGGAACAUUGCUAUCUCGAAUCCAAUGGAGCAGAGACAAGAGUGGCACAGUUUGUGUGAAUAAAAAAAUUUGUUUCUUCUGGAGCCAUACAAGUAUUUCUAAACCUUAAUAGUAUCAUCCUGAAAAAUACAAUUUAUUAAUAAUUCAAAAAGAUCAAUGAAAAAUAUAAACGAUUAUUGGAUAAAACAAUCAUACUCACUACUGUAACUGAAAUAGAUUUAUUGGAAUGUUGUAUCAAAAACAAUUUAUUAUGAAUGUCUAUUGAUGGUUUUACGUGUCAAUUGUUAAUAAAUACGCCUAUUCCUCCCGAUGCAGAGAAGUAGGAAAAUUGUAUUUUCUUUACUGAGGAAUUUAAAGCUAAUUUUUUGAUUUAAUUCACGAUGAUUCUGAGUAACUACUAUUCCGAACAUAGAAGAAUGAUCUUUAAAAAAUCGUAAAAUAUAUUUGAAUUCUUGUAUAUUUCCAUCUAGAAUCAACCAGCAUAAAAUUGUUGAGAAUAUUCAAAAUCCAAUUCAGCCUUUUUUUUGAAUUAUACGACAAUAUAUCAAAAUUUUCUUUUUCAAUUUUUGAAGACAUGUUUCAAACAAUAUUCUGAAUAUUUUUGAAUUCGAAAUGCGCCCAUUGAUUAUUAUGAAUCCAUCAAAGAAAAAAUGCUAAUGGUUUUCUGAUACCAUACUAAUAGUAUACAUAUUUUCAUAGGUCAUGGUUUGAAAAUGAAUUUUGCAGAAAUGAAGUUGUUUUGCUUUCAAUUUUUAAUGAAUUCAUGAGUAGAGUCCCAAACAUUUGAAAACUGAAAUUUGUUACAAUACUUUUAACUUUUUUCUUCUUUCAUCAAUUGCAUAUGCAUAGCCUCCUUCAAAACCUCUAUAAAAAAAUCUUGAAAGUUAUUAUGCUUUUUCUAUCCUGAUUCUUCUGAGCUUACCUAUGUAGGGAGAAUACAAAAUCAAAUGUAAAAUACUGUAAUAACAGUAUAAUAACAUCUCAUUCUCUUCGAGUGUUUAUCUCAAUGUUCAAGACCUCCCAAAAAAUAAGGAUUUGGGUAAACACUUUUUAUGUAUCCUACAUCAGCUCAGAAAAAAAAACAAAUACCUACUUUUAAUUAUUCAAUCGAAAACAAUAUGGUGGAAUAUUACUAUUUUGAGAGUUAAUCAUCAUUUUUCAUGUUGAAAAUAUCUAUAGACAUUUGGGAUAUCUCAUGAAUCGAAUUCAUUUCAAUAUUUUUUGUUUGUUAUGAUUGAUAAUUCUUUUGACAGCAUGUAUGAUUCAUUUUAUCUUUACUGGAUCCAAAUUGCUUCGUCUUGAAAAAUUCUAAUAAGCUUUAAUCCACAAGUUUUGUCAAAUUUUUGCGUUUUUCCACCACAUUGUGCCAUAUAGCUAAAUAAAUGUUGUUUAAUUUUUAAUAUAUUGCAAGAUCAUUUUUCAAAAUUGUGUUUUUUUCAUUCUCGCUCUCUUAAAUUUGAUUUCUUUUUCAAUUUGCUCAUGUAGACCAAUCAUCAUCCACAAAAUGUAUUAUUUAAAAAAGUAUUUUCAGUUAUGCACUAAAAUCCAAUUGGAAAUACUUUAACUUUUUUAAUUCCAAUUCAAUUUUAGUGAAUCGGACAACAUAACGUAUUCAAUUAUAAGAAACAGGAACCAUUAAGAUAAUGUGUUUAAGAGUUUGAUAAUAUUUUCCACAUAUUGAACAUGGACCAUACAUUUGUAAUGUCACCUUAUCCAUCUGACUUAUGAUCAUUUUAACAACCAUUGUUAUAAGUUCAUUGAUAAAUUUGAAAAGGAAACUUAUAGGAAUAGAAGUAAAAAUUACAAUAGUUGAAAUAAGUAUAGAACAGUGGUUUUGUAUUGUCACACUGAAAAAACAGAAUGUAACUAUUGCAUUUAAAGAUUAACUGUUAUCUCUGUAUUCAAUGUUAACAGAAUAAAACAAACAGUCCAUCAAAAGGUUGAUUAAUUUAAAAUAGGAUAAUUAAAAAUAAGAGUUUAAUAACUUCAAUAAUUUAUUUUUUAUCAGUAUGUACAGCUUUAACAAUUCUCUUCUCCAUUGAACUACAGCUAUAGAAAUUUAGAUUUGAUCUGAACUACAUACCACAAUGAUUAUGAGUAUUAUCUACGGCCUAAUCUCCAGAUAUGGAUUCACAGAAAAUUAUGAAAAUUGAUAUGUAGGAUGUGAUGAUUUUGCUUCACUUAUAAUUUGUUAUAAUUUUUCAAGGAUAUGACAUCAGAGUGCUGAGCAAUUUACAACAAUGCAUUUAUACAAUACAAUUUUUAUAGGAUUUUCAUUAUGAAAAAUGAAGUGAUAAUUUCGUCUACGGGUCUGUUACGUAGAUACAGAAAUGAACAUUUUUAACACUUACAAGAGAGUUUCUGUGACGAAAUAAAUUAAUUUAAAAUGAUGGGAAACAAGAAAUUCAUGACAAUUUUAUAGAUGAAACAGUUGAGAUUGGAAUAAACGUGUAGAAAAAGAAAUUUCUUUCAUUUAUGGCUUUAAAAUUUCAUUCGUGGAACAUCACGAGAUUUUGAUUGCAGUAGAUUAGCAAAUCUUCUACCUCGUAAAAUACAGAAAUACGAAUAACCGACAAUUAACAAAACAAAAUCCCAAUUCAUGUGUUGAGGCCAGCUCUUUUUCCACAAAUAAAUUGGGAUUUUGCAUGUUACAUGUUUAUAUUGGAAUAAUUGCUGAGAAAUAUGCUGGUAUACCUUCAAUUCUUUCGUAUUUGAAGAGGAAUUAGCAUAUUACAUCUGAUUAGAUUGUUCCGUGAGAGGUUUGGUGAACCUCCUCCUUGAUUAUAGUCCGUUCAGAGCUCAAUAAAAGUCCUCGUGUUAUCGUAUCAUGCAAAAACUAUAAAUUUCUGACUCAGAUUGUGGUGGAAUGAGAAUAUGAUGAAGAAAUGGAAGGGGACAAAAUAACAGGUUCUAUCUAGGAUGAAUAUGGAUGUAAGAUGGAUGAUCUUGGAACCUAAAAUUGAAUAGGUCUAAGAAACAAUAAUAAAUAUUACGAAUAGCAAUAGCUUCUCUUUAGCAUAUGUCUGACUUAAAGUAUCACAAGAAGAAUCUAUUCGUGAAUUAGCAAUGCUGAUAUGAACUUGACAAGCUACUGCCUGAUUGCACAUAACCUCAGAAACCAAUAUUUCAUUAUUGCUCCGACUCGCUUAACCUAUGAGAUUCCUACCCAAA